UAAGAUUGAUUUUUAAUAUAUUCGUACGUUUAAAUUAUAUUACGUUCAUGCGCGUUGAACUGAAGUGCAGCUUCUGUAAACACACAGUUGUAGAAAGUUUCCUUUUAAAUCGUCUCAACGCCGUAAUUAAGAAUGUCUUGGGCGAAGCUUGAGGAGGGCAUGAAGAUCGUGGCUAGAAUCUUCAGGAGAGAAUGUUACCGCGUUCUGGAAUCGGAGAGGACCACCGUCCGCGGGGCGGACAGUAUGUUGAUGGCGUUGCAGCUCGUGAUGGCUGACGUCAACAAGCAGGAGACUGGCGAGUUCACCGUGACUCUAAGUGAUGUCCUUGUGGCUUGGCAGUACUUGCUGAGGGAUAAACUCCACCUGCCAUUAGACCUCCCUCAUCCAGAGAAUUAUAACAUCGUUCGCAGGCAGUACGACUCCUUCCUGAAGCACACCAAUACAGUGGACCUAAUCGAUGUGCACAGAAUGUACCGCCAGCUGAAGACUGACUCCGACCCAGACGAACCCUUGAGUUCUGUCCAGCUACUGCAGUUCCUGGCAGGUAAUGUGCAGAGUAUCGAGGAAUGCCCCCAAGCAUCGUCCAACAAGGAAUUUCCUCAAACUCCAUCGAGCACUGCCAGGCAAAACAGCAUGCAGAUACGGAUGUUUCUGAGGAGGAUCUUCUGCUCCUACUUGGACUUGCUAGUGAACACUAAAAAUGAUCUGGCCUUUGCCCACAUCCUCAACUUUCCCUGUAGAGGUCUUGGACAGCUAGCAUUCCGUGACCUAAGGCAUGAGGCCCGUGCCAGCAACAUGUCCCUCUUCUUGGCGACAACAUCAUUUGUUCGAGCAGUUCAGCUGGGGGGGAGGGGCUAUGCACCCCCUGACUCGCAUCCGUUGAGGAAGCACCUGAAAGGGCUGUCUGACUUAGUCAAUUUCAUUGAUCAUCUUGAGGAGCUUCUAGGGGAAACCGCUGAUCCCAGCAUUGCAGGGGGGAAGUUGAUUGGCAGCAUCAGGGCCACGAUGUUGAAGGGGCGGGGUAGCGGAGACUCUGUUGGAACAGCCACUGAGGAGGUGGCACAAGACCUGAGGGAGAGGAUUUGCCAGAUCCACAUCGAUCAGAGAGAGGCAACCUUUGACAGUGGGAUCAGUCCAGCACGGCCUAAAGCACAUGCCAUUAACCACGCCACAGCCUACGGAGGCCGGGACACGGUGAAGGUGCUGAAGACUUUGUUGGACGAGGAGGCUCUUGCACCUCCCUGCAGGAACAAGGCAGAACUGCUGUAUGGAGACCAUAUGGACUUUAACAGCAAUGAAACCUGCCUUCUUGCACUUUUUAGGUCCCCAGAUGGUCCAAGCGGCACCUCACCUAAGCCACUCAGGCGGCGUGUCCAAGAGCAACUCAGGCCAAAGGUGAAGGGGAGGGUCAUCAGGUCUCAAUUUGCCUGCACCUACAGAGAUGAGGACCUGCCCCUCAGUCGUGUAUUGCACUUCCCCAGCACCAGCCAGCUUCCCACCUGCAUACAUCCAGCCCCCAAAUGCACCGUUCCGCCAGAAAGAGAUGGGAUUAUGUCCCUUACGGCAGAAAAUUGCAGAACUGUCUCAACAGCAGGUGUGGCAAGCAAAUGUCCUCUGGGCAGACCUCCAUUAGCACCGGAGUUAGGAAACUGCCAUCCUUCAGUAGAGCAGGCAAGCAAGAAGGGCAAGGCUUGCAAGAGGAAGCUAGCAGAAGGAGGCCCACAAGGUAAGGCAGAGAACCAUCCUUUGAAGAAGAUGGUCCGCAGUGUGGACCGGCUCUCUGCACAGCCAGGGAAGAAGAAGCUGAUACCCGGACAGGCCACACUGACCAGCUUCUUCAGACUGUAGCACUGUACGAUUACUUUGGUUUCUGGUGUCCUGUCUCCGUUUGCUCUGUCCAGAAUUAAAGCCAUCGGUCUUAGUCAAUGCCUUCCAUCAUGGCUUAAAGGCAGUAUAUGCAGAAGGGGGUUGUGUAAUGUGGUACUGUUCUUCAGCAGAUCUCCAAUAAGAUGCGUGGGGCCUGAAACAAAGCGAUGUCUCCUCUAGCCCACCUUCCUUUAAGCAAGUGAUUUUUCUUGAGCGUCUCAUUCCGGAAGUUGUCCCAUUUUUGGCUCCUGAAAUCCUGUAAAUGCAUGGAAGCUUUACCUGAAUGGGAAGUUGCCUUUUGUAGUAUGGGUUUACUUACUUCUGUAAAAUCUUCCUUGGUGAUUAUUUUUGCAUUUAUAGCAGCACUGCACAGAUUAUGGUGCUGAUGAUGAUUAUGAUAAUGAUGGAGAUAAGUUGCUUUCUUUGUGUAUGUGUCUUCUGAUGUUGCUGUGGUGACGGAGAUUGCGGUGGUGUGCAGAUUGCUGCAAGGCCCAGCUUUGUUGUCCAUGAGGCAAUCUGGAAAGUCUGAUUGCUGGUGUGCUGGAGAUCUGAGUGGAUCUGUUUGAUAACAAGUCAAUGAAGGAGGGUGGGUAACGGAAUCUCCCUGCUCCUCAGAUUUCUGUCCAAAAACAGCCCCCC